AUGAAGACAAUAAGAAAAUACCCGAAACAAUUCAACGCUUCGUUCUAUCUUUUAUAUCUAUGGGAUUCAGCAUUGAAUAUUUUCACCUGCCUUACUGGAUUCUACAUGAUGCGAUUGAACACUGUCGUUUCUGACGACUCUAUGUUCGCAUUCUUAUAUCGAGACGUCGCAAAAUAUGUCCCAAUGAACGUUUUCACCGCUUUGAGUUAUCACAUGGCUUAUGUUCAGUAUACGACAACUGCUCUGAUUUCUUUCAACCGGAUGACUGUAAUCUGGAAGAAUGAGAGAUUCGAACGGCAUUGGAUGAAACACACGUGGCUUAUCAUGGCUGUUGUGCUACUGGUUCCACUCUUAGAUACUCAUCGUUUCAUCCAUUACAAAACUGAAAUCCAGUAUGACAACGACACGGAAAGUUACGAAUUUGUGCCUUCAAUGCCUCUUGCUGAUACAUUCACCUUUUUGCUUCCAACUAUGGUUGUGAUCACAGUGUUAUCUGUCUGUUUCAAUGUUUGUAGUGCUGUGCUGAUUAAAAGACUCAAGUCCACCCUCAGCAAGAAAGGAAGCACCAAGUUUAUGGUCAUCACUGCUGUUACAUGCAUCGUUCAAUUGUUGGGAUGUUCGCUUAGUUUGAUCCGUGUUAACGAAACAGAAAACUUCUUUGCUCGAUUUCUGGCCAACAACGUUCUCCCUAUCGUCAGUGAUGCUCUGACACAUAUUCAACCAUUUCUUCUCUUCGGGUUCAGCUCAGUUAUACGCAGGCAGAUGAUGGAAAUGCUCGGACUAAGGAAACCCAAUAAAGUGAAUGUCAAUACCAUUGCCAUGCACGUUAAUAAUCCAUCUCUGACGUCGCAUCCUCUCUGA